AUGGAAACUCUUGAUAAGUUAAAGGCCAAACGCAAGAUAAUUCGUACUGCUUGUACAAAAUUGAUUAACAAGGCUUAUUUGUUAUUAGAAAGUUGUGAUAUUGAAAACGAAAGUGAUCAAGAACAACUUUCGGAACAUUUAUCUAGUUUAGAAGCAAAACAAUUAGACCUCAAAAGCCUUAAUAGUGAAAUUGAGGAUUUAAUUUCUGAUAGUGCAUUGUUUGAUAUAGAAAUUCAAAGCUCUUUUGAAUAUGAAGAGCAAAUAAAUGAAGCUAAGUUCAAAAUCAAAAGUAAGAUCAAAAAGUUUAAAACUGAUCAACAACCUAUCCCACCACUUGCUGCUAAUGGUUCUAAUGUAAGAAUUAACUGUCCUGCAACAAGCAUUAAUUUGCCAAAACUAAGAAUUCCCACAUUUAGUGGAGAUGCUAGUACCUUUCUAGAAUUCAUCAAUAGCUUCAAUAAUGCGAUUGACUCUAAUGAUUCUUUAAGUAAUGUUGAUAAAUUCAUAUAUUUAAAGUCCUUUUUAUCCGGCGAAGCUUACAAAAUUGUUUCCGGUUUUUCUCUUACUGAAGAAAAUUACAAAUCGUGUUUAUCUCUGUUAAAGGACAGAUAUGGGAAGCAAGACCAUUUGAUUAGUUAUUUCAUGAAUCGCCUAUUAGAAACUGAACCCGUAAAAUCCUCUUUCAAUCUCAAGGGAUUACGAAAACUGCAUGACGAGAGUGAAAUAAGCAUAAGAAAUUUAAACUCAAUGGGAAUUGCAUCCGGAAAUUAUGGCCAUUUACUUAUACCUAUUUUAUUAAAGCAAUUACCCCAAGAUUUAGUCAUAGAGUUCCAACGUAGAAGAGAUUCUUCUAAGAUUGGUGACGUCAAUGAAUUAAUAAGAUUUAUAAAAUUCGAAAUUGAAUCGCGCGAAUCUGCGAAUAUUGCUACUGGACAUUCUCAGGUUCCAGAAAUUCCCCGAUAUCAUUCACGAAAUUCCGUUUAUCAUGGAAAUACUAAAUUUAAAAAUAAAUUGUCUUCAUCUGCCGCGUUAAAUACUAUAGUUAAAAAUGUAUGUGCCUUUUGUAACUCCGACACGCACACUGCAUUAAAAUGCAAAAAUUUAUCGGAUGGGCAAAAACGUUACAAAUUAAAGAAAGAGGGUAGAUGCUAUCGGUGCAUGGCUCAUAGACAUAUAAUUUCACAAUGCAAGGCAAAAAUUCCACCCUGUGAGACAUGCCAGAGUUUUCAGCACAACUCCUUGUUUUGCCCAAAAAAUAAAAUUGAAAGCAGCUCGUUUGAAACCGAAACCCACGGACAGGAAGUCGUAAUUUCUUCCGUUUUAAAGGCAGAAGAGAACCCUGGCAGUUACGCGACCUUACUUCAAACGGCUAACGUCCAGGCAGAAAAUGGUGCCAACAAGAUCAUGGCUAGACUUUUAUUUGACUCAGGAUCACAAAAGUCCUUCUUGCGCAGUGAUCUGAAACAAGCUUUAAAUUUAAAAUCAAUACGCCAAGAGAAGCUUUUAGUUUAUACUUUCUCGAACCGAGAACCAAUCGAGAAAAUAUUCGAUGUUGUACGAUUCAGAAUAAGGAGCAAAUUUCCCCCUUAUCAAUUCUUAAACAUUGAGGCUUUGGCUUCAGAAGAAAUAACUGGCGCGGACGUAUACUCGAACGUUGACCUCAAACAUGUAAACAAAGUCAUUCCAGCCACCUGCAACCUUUCUGACUCCCUCGAAAAUUCCACCCCUAUCCAGAUCCUGUUGGGGGCGGACUUCCUGUGUAAUGUUCUAAGGGGAGAAGCAAGAAAAAUAAAUAAAAACUUGUUCUUGCAGCCGACACUCUUUGGUGACACUUUAAUUGGACAAAUCCCAGACUUGCAGAAAAGAAAACAGUCUUCCGUAUUUACUGUAUCUUGUGCUGUAGUGGAAACUGAUCUGAAGCGCUUGUGGGAGUUAGAUUCUUUCUUGCUCGAUGGGACUUCGGAAAAUAAAUCCAGGGAUAAUUUAGGUGAUUUCGGGAAAGAGCUUAAAAUAAAAAACGGACGAUAUGAAGCACCGUUGCAAUGGAAAACAAACGAAAUUAAAGAAAAAUUAAGUAAUAAUUUUGACGUUGCGGAAAAGAGAUUCAUUGCUUUAGAGAAAAAAUUUAAUAAGGAUCAAGCGUUGUUUGAGAGGUAUAAUGCUGUUAUGCAAGAGCAAGUUAACGAAGGCAUAAUUCAGAUGUGUCAUGACGAAUGUUUUACUGGAUAUGUAAUGCCGCAUAGAGAGGUUUUCAGGGAGACUUCUUCCAGUACAAAAACUAGGAUAGUAUAUGAUGCCAGCAGUAAGCAAGGUAAUAAUAUUAGUUUAAAUGAAUGCCUUCUUUCAGGAGAAAAUUUAAAUCCUAACCUUAUUGAUGUUAUAUUAAAAUUUAGAGAGCAUAAAAUUGGAUUUUGUGGAGAUAUUGCUCGGGCCUUUUUACAAAUAGAAGUUGAGGAAUUGGAUAGGAACUAUUUAUGUUUCUUGUAUUAUAAAAACUGUGAUAGAUCUCAACCAGUAACAAUGUAUCAUUUUAAUAGACACUGUUUUGGUGUAACUUGCUCACCUUUCGUUUUGGCUGCAACUAUUAAAACACAUAUCAAAGAAUACAGGGAUAAAUAUCCCCUUGCAUAUGAAAUGUUUAAUGAAUCGUUAUAUGUUGACGAUCUCUUUUGUGGAAGUUCCACUGUACAAGAUGCGCUAAAAUUGUCUUCCGAUGCUGUAUCGAUCUUGAAAGAUGCGAAAAUGAACAUGAGAAAAUUCGACACUAAUUCUGAAGAAUUAAAAAAUUUGUGGCGUAACUCUGAUUCCAUGAUUGAAAUUAAUGAACAGGCUGAUUCGCAUCUGAAAGUGUUAGGACUUGUUUGGAACAAUAUCGAUGAUACUUUGGGACUAGAUUUAAGAUCUUUGUUGUCAAACUUGAAUGACAACGAAUGCACAAAAAGAAAUGUGCUUCAUACUGCUGCAAAAUUGUUUGAUCCUUCUGGAUUUAUAUCUCCAUUCCUGAUUCGAAUAAAAUGUCUCUUACAAGAAUUAUGGCAAGCUGGUGUUGGAUGGGAUGAAGAGUUUUCCGGACAAUUAAAAGAAAAUUGGCAUGCAUGGUAUCUUUUGGAGCUGUUGCUUACUUAA